CUGAAUGAUUGUUACUUAGCAUCAACAGAAAUAGUUUACAUUCGCGAUAUCGAAUUGCCGUGUGUUGAUAAUGAAGUGUGUUAAUAAUCAAGUGCAAUUAUUUUAAAAGCUCAACAAACGGUGUCCUGUUCCUACCUAUCCGAUGCCAUUAUUUCAAAAGGAUUUUACAAUUUAAUAGAAUAUGUAAGCUCUGCACCAUGCAACAAGUAUCGCUAAGUUGACCCCAGAGGGAGGGUUAGUUCCUCCCCCCAAGCCCCCCCCCCCUCCCACGCCCUGGGUGUUGACCCCUCUACCAGCCCCCACAGGUGUUCAAUGGCCGACCCAAAUGUAGCCAAGUUGACGGCCAGCCUAGAGGACCUGUCCUUGAAGAAGCAGCUACCUUUGAGACAGCAGACCCAGAAGCCCAUGCUAAAAUACAGCAACAACUCCAUCAAGCCCGUCCAGCUGUUUAACCAUGCUGACCUAGUUUCCGUGCGCAGCAAUGCCGAGGCCGCCCGCAACGCCUACAGCAGUCUGAGCAAUGCCUCAGCCAACAGCAACUUCUUAAAGCAGCCACUGGUACUAACAUUUCGUCCACCUCAAGUGGAAAUGCUGCCCCAAAAUCUGCCACAACGAAGGGUCACAGCAACCCAUACGCCCGCCCGCUGAGUGCCAAAGACAUUGCGAGUGACCUUCAAUCACAGCAGCAGAAGAUCAAGAAGACCAACAGUGUAUCUCAGAUGCAAUCAGGUCCCAAUGCCAUGUUUAAUAUCGGACCAGACGGAACGCCAGUAUUUGGUUAUCCAAUGAACGCGUUCAUGCGUCCCCAGAGUGCCUUGCGAAAGGAGACUCCUGCACAGACCUCCGUAGCGAAAUCUACAACAACGAAAAAAACUAGCGAGGAAACAACAGCAUCGAAAACUGGAGCGACGAAAUCUACCGCCACCGCGAGUCCUAGAAAAGAAAUUCCGCCGACAAAGCUAGAACGGGAAACUGACCUUAGUCUGAAUGGUCAGUCAAAUAAUAAAGAAAAUAGUGGACUGAAGAAUCAGUUCGGACCGGCGUCAAAAGUAAUACCUGCUUCGAGUAGUUCACAGUUGUUAAAUCAGAGUGUUAAUAGCCCCUCUUCUAGUCCUGAAAAGGUGUCUGCAGCCUCACAGACUCAAAAUAGCACCCUUGCAAAGAAUGUGGACUCAAGCUUGAGCUCCAUUCCCUUAACUCAAGAAGUGGGCUCGGAAAAUAGUUCAAAGGCUGUUGCGUACGCUAAACCAGUCUCUUCGCUGCCGCGUCCGGGUUCUGCCGUGAAAUCUGUUACGCCAGAUUCGCAGAUGCCAGUUCGGAACCUGAAUUACACUCCCACUAAACCGUACCACGAAGUGGCGAAUCCAAAACCUGUAAUUUCAGCCACAACCAAAACUCAACAGACUAGCGAGACUAUAAUAACCGUGAAAGCAGAGCCGCCGAAAGGCGUAACUUAUAUGGCUCCCUCUGUAAUAAAUAAGCCAAAUAAGGCAAACAAGGCUGCCUUAAGCCAGAGCAGCGGCUCAAAUAGUUCCAAACUGUCCAGUGACAGUUCUUCAUCGGGAACAAUGUACUAUAGCAAGAAGUCGAAAGCGGAUAUUAUGAUUCACGAACAACGCCCGCCAGCCAUUGGUGCGCCUUCCAAACCCCUUCGAGGAGCUGAAAAGGGGUCGGCCACAAAUUUUACGUCUGGGUCAGAAUUGGAUGAAGCAGCAGAUGAUGAGUCAGAAAUUCUGUCAGGGGAGAGGAUGCCAGGUGAUGGGGAGGCCAGCCUACUUGGGGAUGAAAAUGAGGACGAGGACUUCCCAGAAGAUUGUGAAGAUGACAUCGUGGACAAUCUAGAUGAUGACUUCGUUGGAGGAUCCGACGGCGAGUCCGAUGGGUAUUCCUUUACCAGCAGUAGCAUGUCACGCCCCUCAACCUCGACACAACGCCUAAAGUCACGACCCGUGAGCGCUGUAGAAAGUGAGGUCAUCAGCGUCAGUCGAUCUCAGACGGCCUCGCCAGAUAGGAGCAUCAAGCCUCCACUGACCAAGAGUUUGUUUCCAAACAUUCCGCCAGUCGUGACUUUCGUUGCUGAGGGCGACAAAGUUGAGCAACUACCAUGGGAAGUGAGAAAAUACCUUAAAUGGCGUAUAACCUCCAUAACUCCGAACGUUGUGAAACACUGCCUGGCGCGAUCAGGAUUUCGGAUCACGAAACGCAACCAUGACUGGCUGGGCUGCUGGGGAAAGCACAUGAAAUCUCAGGGAUUCAAGGCUUUAAGAGAGUAUCAGAAGCUGAACCAUUACCCAGGGUCAUUCCAAAUCGGCCGCAAAGAUAGACUGUGGCGUAACCUCUCAAAGAUGCAGGUCCAUUUCGGGAAGAAGGAGUUUGGGUUUUUCCCGCAGACCUACUGCCUUCCAUAUGACUCAAAGCUCCUGAAACGAGCCUUUGAAGACGGAAGUACAAAGCAGAAAUGGAUAGUUAAACCACCAGCUUCUGCUCGAGGUAUCGGAAUCAAGGUUAUCAGCAAACUAACCCAAGUACCAAAGAAACGGCCUGUCAUAGUUCAAAGGUAUCUUGCCCGUCCCUACCUUAUCAACGAUAGCAAGUUUGACAUGAGAGUCUAUGUGUAUGUCAGCUCGUUCGAUCCGCUACGGCUCUACGUGUUUGAAGACGGACUUGCAAGAUUUGCCUCAAUGAAGUAUUCCAGUUCCAUGAAACAUCUCGCAAACAAGUUCAUGCACCUGACAAACUACUCGGUGAACAAGAGAAACGCUGACUACCAGGCCAAUGCAGACGAUACUGUGUGUCAAGGGCACAAGUGGAGUCUGAAGGCGUUGUGGAACUACAUGAAGCGGCAGGGAAUCAACACGAAUGCUAUAUGGGAGAGCAUGAAGGACCUCAUUAUCAAGACCAUUAUCUGCGCUGACAGCCCAGUGAACAGCUUGGUUAAAGCGAACUGCAAGAGUCGCUACUGCGUUCAUGAGUUGUUUGGUUUUGACAUUCUACUGGAUGAGAGCUUAAAGCCGUGGGUCCUAGAAGUCAACAUCUCACCAAGUUUGCAUUCAAACUCGCAGCUGGACGUGAACAUCAAGGGUCAGAUGAUCAAAGACCUCAUGAACAUCUCUGGAAUCCGAGUGCCCGACAAGCACGACGUCGUGCCGCAUGCACCUCAGACCAGCGGCCCUCCAGAUCUCAGCAAUUAUGUGCCACCCAAUAAUGUCUGCAUGGACAAACGCUUGUUCAGUCAGCAACUCUCCCCAGAUGAGAGAGCAAAGCAUGCGUACUAUAGCCAGCGGUAUCAAGAUGAGCAAGUACAGCAGACGAUACUGGACAUCCUGACGCCGGACAAUGUACGGUUCCUCACGGAGUCCAUUGACGAGGACUCUAGGAAGGGCGGGUUCCAGAGGGUCUUCCCCACGCCUUCCACCCACAAAUACCUCAAGUACUUCGAGACGCCCCGUUACUACAACCUGCUACUCAACCAGUGGGUGCAGCGCUUCAACCGCAUGGAACAGAGGGGGAUUGCCCUGCUCCAGUCUCUGUGCACAGAAGGCCUACAUCUGGAGCUUUGUACAGAGAACCACAACCACCAGUGGAAUCCCCCGAACGCCACCUGCCACUCGUAUCGGGGAGAUCGUUUGCUGAGUGCCCCGGUCUCGAAACAUUUGAAAGACGGCGAGGCCUUAAAAUCCAGUGAGAUGCAGGGUAUGUACUGUUUUGAGGACACAUGCCCACGGCCCACUGUCCACAAGCGGCAUAAAGCCAGGUGACUGUCAGUCCGUCUACCCAGGAGUUGUUCUCCGGAGGCUCCAUGCCAGUGUUCUCCUCAAGUCGGUACCAGCGACAGACCAUGCGUAUCAUGAAACAAGAAAUCUCCAAGCAGCAAGCGCGAAAAACAAAGAAGAAACAGCAGCUGACCACUGACCAUGCUCUGAAACAGCCUUGACCCUGAGUGACCUUGGCUCCUGACCUUUGGUGACUUUUGAUUCCUUGUUACCAUAGUAGCGCCAACUGAUGGUUAUUCUGACCAUUGACAACACCAAUAAGCAACUUUGACCUUGGGUCGUCUUUUGACCUUUGGUUUCCAUGGUUUCAUCACCAAGAAAUAAGCGUGCACUGUGAUUUUGCUAGACUGGCUGUUAAUAACAUACAUAGCUGUGCUUUUUUGCGGUUAUAAAUGUUUAUUACUUUCAGGUUGUAUCAAAUCUCUGGCGUAUUGUGAAAUAUAUGGGCUGUGCUCUGUGAAAAGCGGCAAUCAUGCAUGCGAGUAAAGUAUCGUCCCAGAUUAGCCUGUGCAGUCCGCUCAGGCUAAUCAGGGACAACACUUUCUGCCUAAACUGGAUUUUUGAAAAGAAGAGACUCUUUUAAAUAUCAUAAAAGCGGUAAGUGUCGUCCCUGAUUAGCUUGUGCAGACUGCACAGGCUAAUCAGGGACGACACUCUACGCACAUUCAUUAAACCCUUUUUUCACAGAGCACAGUCCAUGAUAGUUAAAGAUGAUGCUAAAAAGAGGAGUAGUGGGAAAUUAUUUUUUGCAACAAUACGUGAGAAAGUUAAUAAAAGUGAUAUAUUCCCAACUAAGUAUUUGUUUAAUGGCAAUAUAAAAACAAUUAAGUGCUUUAAGUGUGACUUUAAGUCUCUUACAGUCGUUUUGUUCAAGAGAUGCAUAGAAAUUAAUUGUGAUACACUGUUUUUUUUCCUCAAAAACUGUCAAUAAUUUAUUUAAAGUCUUGACUUUAAUUUAAAUAAUUUUAAAAUAUUUUUGGACCACAGAUUUAUGGUUGAUUUGAGCAACACAGUUUUUCAAAUAGUGUUUGUUUAAAAAAAAAAUAUCAAGGCAUUUUGGGAGUUUUAGUUGUGGAGCAAAAAACCUAUGGGGGUAGAUGGAUACAUUUAGUCAAUUAAAAGCACCCAUUUUGUCAUUUGAUGAACAGCUUUUUAUUUACAUUUCAUUUCAAGCAUUGGUUGGGACCAUCUUCAUUAGUAUUAAAUUGUUGUGCUUUUCCAUUAAACAUAUUGAUACAUGAAAUAUUGUUUUGUAUUAUUAUAAUUAUAAUCAUUACUUUCGGUUAACCAGAAAUGCUAAAAUUUGUGACAUUAUGAAAAUGUUGCAUUAAGCCUAUCAAAAUCAUCCAUAUAUUUAUUGAUCAUUUGAUAAUCUAUUUGCGCAACAAACAUAAAUUCCUAUUACAUUUAGAACUGGUUUUUGAAUAGGAGUUUGAGAGCAUUUCAAUCAAAGCAGACUGUUUUCUUUUAUUGAUAAAUACUUAAAACAAAUACAUUAUUCAUUCUAGAUAAUUUCAUCUUGUUCAUUUUCUCGAUAUGUGAAUAUUUUGUUUAUCACACUUCACUGGAGUAAGUCAAAGUUCAUCCAAUCACAUAAAAAACAUAAUAAGACAUGUCAUAACAUCAUAAAAUUCUAUUUUGAAUGAAAGCGCAUUUGCUAGGCCCCAUCAUCAGCAUUAUUAUGUAUUUAAUUUUCAAGCUUAUGUAUUGUUUCACUAUUACACAAUGUGAUUUUCCAUAGACCUACGGAAGGUUUUAGUGCCAAUAAAUGUGUAAGUUAUUUCAAAUAUAGUAUAACCUAGACUACCAUUAUGUAAUACAUGUAUGUCAUAUGGUUUUAUAUGUAACUUAGUCAUUUAAAUAAAUUUUAGUGUUACUUUGUAUUUUUAAUAUAAUGUUGGCUACAUGUAUGUACAUUAGAGACAUAAUUGACAUGAGUCUGUGAAAACAAGGUUUUCAUAUACAUGUACAUGUAGGGAUUUAUUCAUUAGCUAAAAUUUAUUUAACAGUGGCUGUUAUAGUUGUUACAUUUAAAAAUUCAGAAACUGUUCUGGACCUCUAUUUGCCAAGUUCAUUUGACAAUAUGUAUGAAAAACUAUUUUUUCCCCAACAAUCCCUCAAAGAGGCUAUUUCAUUUCACUUUUACCAUUAAAAUGUUUUUAAAAUAAUGGUUAAAAUUGCUUUAAUCAGUCAAACAAAAUUCUGUUUGACCAAGGAAGCCCAAAUUUUGUAUUGGUACUUGAGGCCAAAAAUGUGUUACACGCUAGCCUACCAAUAAAAUGUUACAUGCCUGUUGUAUAAUAAAAUGUUACAUGCAGGCCAAUCAAUGAAAUUGUACAGGCCCCUGACCAAUAAAAUGUUACAUUCCUAUAGACCAAUACAAUGUGAAAUGCCAACCGACCAAUAAAAUGUUACAUUCCAAAAGACCAAUAAUUUUUUUUAUUCAUACUGACUUAUAAAAUGUUUCAUUCCUAUAGACCAAUACAUUUUUACAUUACCAGUGACCAAUAAAAUGUUCCAUACCCGCUGACCAAUAAAAUGUUUCAUGCUCGCCGACCAUAAAAUGUAAGAUUUCCCGCCGACCAAUAAAAUGUUACAUGCCUGUUGUUCAAUAAAAUGUAACAUGCCUGCUGAAAAAUUAUUACAUGCCUGCCAACCAAAAAAAUUUGACAUGCCUGUCAACCAAUAAAAUGUAACAGGCCUGCUGACCAAAAAAUGUUACAAAAAUAUCUUACAGAUCAAAAAGUGUUACAUGCCUGUCAACCAAUGAAAUGUAACAGGCCCGCCAGUAUGAAAUAGAGAAUUGAGUCAAAGCCCGGUUCAACAUUAAGCAAUGUAGAGCUUGUUCUUAUUUUAGAUCUCUGUUAAAUGUUUACCUUUAGCCUUGGAAAGAAAACAUUGGAUAACACAUGUAAACAUUGAUCUGAAAUUUUAUUUUAAAAAUAAUCUGAAAUGUUUACUUGUUUACAAGUAAAAAUUGUGUGAAAAUUUUCCAUCCGAGCUUUGUUCAGUCUUAUCUCUUACUAGGACUAUACAUUUUUGUUUGUCCCCUACCGGUUUUACCGGAGGGGACUUAUGGUUUGCGCUCUGUCUGUCUGUCAGUCUGUCAGUCAGUCACACUUUUCCGGAUCCUGCGAUAACUUUAAAUGUUCUUAAUAUUUUUUCAUGAAACUUCAAACAUGGAUAGAUGGCAAUAUGGACAUUAUUCACGUCAUUUCAUUUUGUUUCUACGUCAAAAAUUCUGGUUGCUAUGGCAACAACAACAAAAAAUUCUGACAAUGGUGGAAUGUCUGACAAUGGUGGAGCCGGUAGGGGAAUAUAUUGCUUGGCAAUAGUCUUGUUAAAUUUGAAACAGAAUUAUAUAUAAUGUCUUCAUAGUCUUCAUUCCCUCUUGGUGUGUUUAUACUGCCUAUAUGGUCUAAAUGAUAGAUCAAGUGGACUUAAAUGUAUGUGUGUUUUAGUUUCUAAACCAUUAUUUUACAUUUAAGUUUUUGUUUUAAAAUAUUCAGUUAAAAUUGUUUUUGUUUUUUUCCAUUAUACAGCAAACAAAAAAGUGUACACAAAGUUAAUGUUUUAUUUUAACCCAUUUAUGCCUAGCAUCUAGAAAAAAGGCCUUGGCAAACACAGUAGACCCAGAUGCGACCUCAUCAGGGUCUGUGCUGUUUGCUUAAAUGAAUUUCUGUAAGAAAUAUUCUAAAUAUAGAAAUAAAUAUACUAGACAUAUCUAAUUCUGGAAAUAAAUUGAUCCAAUUUAGAAGGAUGGGAGAGUCCACUAGGCAUAAAUGGGUUAAUUUAGAUUCAUUCGUAUUUGUACAAGUCAUCCAUACAGUUGAUGCUGUUGUUUUGUUAUUACAUACGUUAUAUGUUAUUUAUAUUUAGUUCAGGUAGUUUUUACAAGUCCUUUUAUAGGAUGCAAACAAUUUCUGGGAUUGAUGCUUAAAUUUGUAUAGUUAUAUAGUCAAGUGUUUAAAUUUUAGAAUGCUACAUAGUUAAACGAGAAGAACCACUAAUGAUAUUUGUCAUUGUAAGUUUAAUUCAUGAAUAUUCUUAAAAAAUUCAUUUAUACUUUCUAUGAUUUUGACUGAUCAAAAAAUGUUUAUUUUACAUUUGUUACCUUAACUGGGUGAUAAUAAAGUUGUGAACAUACAUGUUGGAAAUGGGGAGUAAAAUACUUAUUUACAUCCAUCAGAUAAACCUAGAAAAAGUUGUUUUCUUCAAAUAAGAGGAUUUGUUUAUUUGUUGUAGUUAUAGUUAAUUUUGACAGGCAUUUAGUUUAUCACUGCUCGUACUGAAAAUCUUAGAUAUAAACUCUUAACAAAUGUGCAAAUCUUUGUUGAAAAUUUUGAUUUUCAUUCAACAAGCAUACAUUUAUUGGAAAUAUUCUAUGUAGAUUUCCAUUACAACAACAUUCCACAUACAAGAUACAAAUGAAAUAUGGGUCUUCUCCAAAAGAUGUUAAAAGAAUGGUGGCAUUUCUUUUUUUGUGUUUUUCUUUCAAAGCUGCGUCCAAAAUGUUGUGUCCUUUACAACAAAAAGCAAUUAGUAAAUAUAUUUAAUGUACAAUUAUAUCUUCAAAGCAUUGUUUUACAUAAAUUUCAUAUUUUUAUAGUAUCGCAAGUUUAAAUAUUGCUGUGAUAAAUAUAACAUGCCUAAUAAUUGUUACUAUUAUAAUAAAGUGUUGAAUAUAGAUA